AUGGCCACCAGCGCAGAUCGCACCCCCUUGAUUGGCCUUGGCUGGCGAGGAAAUGAAAGGCCUCUGGCUGAACGGAUCAUCCUUAAUUACCGUCCUCACCAGGCUGCACUCGCCACCGCACAGGACAACGGCUGGCUUGGCCCGUCCAGGCUCGGGGUGGAGUUGACACGGUGCGGAAUACACGGCUGCUUUCGCUUGGAAAGGACGGGUCUAGACGGGUACGGAGUCGCAAACACAGGGCAAAUAUGGAGUCCUUGUAAGAUGUUGAUUAAUCUUCGCUAUCCGUCCUAUUUUCUCUUUGGGGGUGUUGUUGAUUAUUCCUUGGCUGCGGCUGAAGCGAUGGAGACGGAUAUCGUCCCAUCUAACCACGGAACCAGCAUGUCUUUCGAUCUGGUCUUGCCGUACCUGCGAUAA